GGCAGCUCGGGAUGGGAACCACCAGUGCCAGCCACGCCUGGGAUUCGGGGUCCAUGGGGUCGGGAAUGCUGCCUGCAGUGGAGUGGGAUGCCAUGGCCAGCUCCUCGGACAGUGACGACGAUGGCUUCAUGGCCGUGGAUGCCGAGGACGCGGCGGCUGAGGGGACGAUGGAGCAGGAGGAGGAGCCCCAGGCUGAGCUGGAGCUGGAGGAGAGCAGGCACAACAGAUCCAUGCUGGAGCUCCCGGAGGAGGUGCUGGAAUACAUCCUGUCCUUCCUGUCUCCCUACCAGGAGCACAAAACCGCCGCCCUGGUGUGCAAGCAGUGGUAUCGGCUGAUCAAAGGUGUGGCCCACCAGUGUUACCACGGAUUUAUCAAGGCAGUGCAAGAAGGGAAUAUCCAGUGGGAGAGUCGCACUUAUCCCUAUCCCGGCACCCCCAUCACCCAGCGCUUCUCACACA